UCGCACCGUCUGAGACUUUAUUUUACCAUCCUACAAGGAAAUCGCCAAGCCUUAAGCAGACCGAUAGGCUGUCCCACUCACCGUUUAAGCUCAUAAUUAAUGAUGAACAAAGUGACGACACUGGCCAAUCAAAUGGCAUGGGAGGAAAAAUUGCCAGCUUCAUCAGCCUCAAAGAAAGGAGGAGUCCUGACCGGAUUCGUUCGGCGAAAACUGUUGUCAAGAGGAAACUUGUUAUAGUUGGUGAUUACGUUGGCAAGUCUAACCUUGCCUGGUGAGUAUUUACUUCAAGUCCACAAUCUUGAUGGCAUCAAACUGACUUAUGAGAGUGUAAUUUGUGGAAUGGGUUUUAAAGAGUACCUCGCGACAGGUUUUGGUAACUUUGUGGCAGAGAUCGAAGUUGACGGUAAACACAUCGAGCUUGAUAUAUGGGAUACCCCUGCUCAAGAAGAUUAUGAUCGCGCACGGCCACUCGCAUAUCCAGAUACACAUGUAGUUCUGAUUUGCUUCAGCAUUGAUUCGCCCGAAUUAGUAGACAAUGUAGAGUAUAGGUGGAUUAGUGAAAUAUCACACUUCUGUCCCGGCAUACCAAUCCUGCUUAUUGGCACGAAGAAAGACCUGCGAUAUGAUCAGAACACUAUCGAAGAACUUCGAAAAACCAACCAAACGCCAGUGACAUGGGAACAAGGAGAAGAACUGCGGCGCAAGAUCGGCGCCUAUAAAUACCUCGAGUGUUCUGCUAAAACCGGCGAGGGGGUUAGGGAAGUAUUCGAGCACGCUUGCAGAGCAACUCUAUCGGCUUCAAAGAAAAAGAAGAUUCGGUGGUCUCUGUUUGGCAAGUCACAGUGAACUUGACAGGAAAAGAACAAACAUUCUCCAAUACCAAGUACUUCAACGUGCUCAAAGUACUCAAUGUGGGACGAUAUGAUUGUCAUCAAAUCUUCAGGAUGCAAACGAUCCAA